AUGUCACUGACCCAUUUGCAGAAAAUCCGCACAAUCGAGCUCGAUGGAAAGACGGUGAAGCUUCAGAUCUGGGACACUGCUGGCCAGGAGCGGUUCCGCACCAUCACGUCGUCUUACUACCGCGGUGCUCACGGUAUCUGCGUUGUGUACGAUGUGACGGAUAUGGACUCGUUCAACAACGUCAAGCAGUGGCUCCAGGAGAUCGACCGCUACGCCACCGAGGGAGUCAACAAGCUGCUCGUGGGCAACAAGAGCGAUAUGGAGGACAAGAAGGUGGUGGAAUACACGGUGGCCAAGGAAUUCGCCGAUAGUCUCGGAAUCCCCUUCCUGGAGACCUCCGCCAAGAACGCUUCCAACGUUGAACAGGCCUUCCUGACGAUGGCUAGACAGAUCAAGGAGCGCAUGGGCACUGCGACCGUCAACAACAAGCCGACUGUGCAGGUCGGCCAGGGCCAGGGUGUCCAGUCUGGAUCCGGCGGUGGCUGCUGCUAG